AUGACGAACUCUGGCCACGCAGUGGUCGUCUGGGAGUUUGAGUCUCGCGGGUCCAAAUGGCUACCGUACAGCCCUGCAGUGUCCCAGCAUCUGGAGCGUGCCCACGGCAAAAAGUUGACCCGAGUCCUGCUCAGCGAUGCCGACCCAGCCCUGGAGCAGUACUACGUCAACGUACGCACCAUGACCCAGUGCUGCGAGGAUCAGGAGUUUGCCGUGACGAACGUCCGCCGAGGGUUCUACAAGCCCAGCUCGCCCGCUGGCAAGGGCACCAAGUGGGAAUGGUGCGGAUCGUCGGGCAACGACUGGCACAGCUACACCAUGGAGGUCCAGUGCGUCAUCGAAGAGGCCUGGGCACGGGGUGAUCAAACCAUCGACCUCACCAAGACCCACCUCUGUCUACCGUACACGAUCAACUUCCUGAACCUCACCCAAAUACGCCAUCAAAACGGACCUCUCCGGAGCAUACGACGGAUACAGCAAGCUCCGUACCCGCUCGUCAAACUCCCCACCAACCAACAGUCAACCCAACAAAACCCACAAAACUGCGCACCCCUCCUCCCUCCAAAACCCAACCAACUCCAACAACCCCCACCCUCCUCAUCCUCCUCAAGCAGCUCCAGCUCGCAACCGUCCUCCUCCACCCCGCUCCACUCCAAGUCCAAGUCCCAGCCCGUACUCUGCAACCCCAACUCCUCCCAUCCAUCCUCCAAGCGACCCACCAAAACCCUCAAAGUCGGCAAACAACUCGACAUGGUCCCCGUGACCCCGACCAACCUGGCCCGCCAAAUCCUGCACAACCUGAACAUCUUCGGCACCAGCAAGCACCACCAGCACCAGGAACUCCAGGAGUACCCCCCGAUGAGUCCAACCAACGCACCCUCCUCGCUCCAGCAGAACUUCCACCAGCAGUCGAUCCGACACCAGAGGCACCAAAGUGCCAACCAGAGCAGAACCAUGCCGUCGUUCCAGCGCCAGCGGAGCAAGUCCCGCAGCCGGGGCGAGUCCCUCAUCGAGACGGACGCGUCCAGUAUCAACUCGGGCCGGCGGCCGAGUGUGGACACCGUGUCCACGUAUCUUAGUCACGAGAGCAAGGAUAGCAACAGCAGGAAGAGUACCACACUGGGGUCGGUGUCGGAUCUGUUGGACUGUUCGAUGGGAAGUGACGACGUGUUUACGACGGCGGGGGCGGGCUCGUCGGUGUCGUCGCAGCAGAACAUUCCCGGCGCGAUUGUGGGUGUCGACCCCGCCAGCGACAUGAUCUCGCGCUUCGUACGUGUCGUCGAACCACCCCAGUGGCCGCACGCCCAGCCCUGUCCAAUGUGCAUGGAGGAGCUGCGCCACAACGGCCACAACCCGACGGUGUCCCUGUCCCGCUGUCAGCAUCUGAUGCACCUGAACUGCCUGAACGAGCUCAUCCUGGGCCAGCAGAAGGAGAACCAGAAGAGCCUUUACAUCGAGUGUCCGAUCUGCAUGUCCGUGUACGGGGAGAAAAUCGGCGAUCAACCCCCCGGAACCAUGUCCUGGAUCGUCAUUCCAAGAAGUCUGCCAGGCCACGAAGGCCAGAACACAAUCCAAAUAACGUACAACAUCGCUUCCGGCAUCCAAAACCAGGAACAUCCCCACCCGGGUCGGGCCUUCUUCGCGGUGGGCUUCCCCCGCACCUGCUUCCUGCCGGAUGGCAUCCUGGGCCGGAAGAUCUUGCGCUACCUGAAGAUCGCGUUCGACCGGCGGCUGCUGUUCUCGAUCGGCCGGUCGGCCACCACCGGUCGGGAGGACGUGGUCCUGUGGAACAGCGUCGAGCACAAGACGCAGUACUCGAUGUUUCCCGAUCCGCAGUACAUGCAGCGGUGCAUGCAGCAGCUGGUCCACCUGGGCGUGACCGAUUAGUUGGGGGGAGUUGUCAGUUGAGCGAACCUUUUUUUUGGAAGGGAAACAGAUAAUCGUACUGAAGUUACAAGACUGGAAGAGGGCAGCUAUUUUGUAAACGAAAAAAUCUUCAAAAAAGAAGUCUUCCAAACCCGCUGAGUCUUCCCUGAGAGUGGCAGUAUUUUGCUAGUAGUUCCGUAGGUACAAUUGACCUUCAACGGAUUUACGAUCUCCAAGUGUUCAGUUUACUUCCUUUAAAUCAUCGUCGAAAUCGAAACAAACAUGUGCCAAUAUAUUGUCGAAUAUACUGUCAUUCAAGCGAGUGCGAGAGAACGUGUUAAGUAUUACAAAAAUUAUCAUUUAACCUGAUAUCAGAAAAAAAGAGUUUAUAAAAGGCAUUUGUUAUUGAUCAUGAACCUCUCUAAGAGGUCAUGAACGUGUUUUUAUUUGCAACAAUAAGUAUAAGUUUAGUUUUAAUCAUUCAUAGAGCAAUUGAUUGCGAUCUUCCAACACACAAAUCUUCCAAUUACAUAAACUUUAUGUGUAAUCUUAGUAAAGUUUUGCGCGAGUGUAGCUAAAUUGUGUAGAAAGCAAGAAUUUAUCUCCGGCAGAUAUAGGUAUGUUCCUUCAGAGCGAUUAGUUUAAGUAAGAAAAAUGUGUAGUUUUAAAAAGUAUUGAUUUUAGUUUUUUUUAAUUAUGCAUUUCUAAUAGGAAUGAAAUAGAUUUUAGAAAAAUAAAUGAACCGUCAUAGAAAAAAAAA